GUAUGUUUAUUAUGUCUCUGCUCUUGUUGUGGAGCAACGCCAAAUUUCAAUACAGUUCCAGGUAGUUACCGUCUUCCUCUAUUAAAAUCACUCAGCGAGCCUAGACGAUGCCCGUAGUCUCCCUUGUUGCCUGGGGUGUUUUGACUUUUCUUAGCCAUUGCGUCCGAAACCUCCUUACUUCAGCAUCCAAAGGACGUCGAGGGAGUAGAAGCGACUCAGGUUCUGGUUGGCAAACCGUAUAAUCGAAGCGAACCCGACCAAAUCGAGGGAGGUUUCAAGACGCGUACAAUCGCUCUUGAGUCACGGUGAUCAUGCGUUCGUGGGGUAGCACAUACGAUGAAGAGUAAGUUAGGGCAGACGUCUCGCAUAGUGGUAAGACAGUCCAUGCUGUCGCAUACUGACAAGAGCAGGGCGCUACGAGGGUCAGCUGCGUCUCCGACCUCACCAACAAUUCCUACAUUCGCUUCGCCACCUAUGCGUCAACGACCGCAUGGCCCAAGAGUUAUUCCUAGAGCGGCACAUAUGCAGUACUGGGGAAGAGAUCCCUAUGUACGACGUAAUCGGAGUAGAUCUGGCGCAUCCGCCCUGCGCCCAAACAACAGCCAGAGAAGCGAGCCACGAAGCGUCAGUGUUUAUUCCCAGUCUACGUCGGCAAGUGAAUGCAAAGUCCCAUACGUGAGUUCUGAAGAGAUAUUUCAAACUCCCACGCCGAGUCCAAACAUUGUCCCCGGAACUGCAGUUUUUGACUUUGCGCCGAUUGCUGAAGAGGGGAGUGCAUCGAAGCCAUUUUCCAUAUAUAUCCACUCGCCCAGCACCAAAGAGACCGCCGAUGCAGUGCCGAGACGGACAGUGUCAAGGAUAUACGCAUCCUCACUUUCAAUUUUCAACGGCAGGGUAUUUAGUCGUCAAGAUUCCGUCAAAUCGCGUGGAUCCUAUGUUCGAAGCGCCGAAUACGCCGAGGAAGAGGAACGUCGCGCAGAGCGUAGAGGAAGACGGACUGUCAUGUGUUUACCAAUUCGUUUCGUGAAAUGGUUAAGUGGAAUCCUGAUUUUACUUAUUAUAGUUGGUGGUAUCGCUGUCGGGAUAUACUAUAAGCAUUUGAGCGACCAAGAGAAAGUGGCCAUCAACAAAGUGGACGAGCCUUGGAUUGGAUCUCUCAGCUAGUUCAGUAAGGUCGUCUAGAGGAUAGCAGGGGGAUUAGCAUAUAGUAACCGCCGCGAGAGCAUCAGCCAGAUUACAGUAAUU